AUGACUACAGCAACAACAGAACCACCUGCUAAGACUACAUUACCUCGUCAUCCAUUGAUUAAAGAUGGUUGGUUCAGAGAAAUAAACGAUAAAUGUUUCCCUGGCCAAGCAUUUGCCAUUAAAGUAAGUGAAAUCUUACAUACAUCUCAAAGUGACUUCCAAGAUAUAUUAGUCUUCCAAAGUGAAAGUUAUGGUGUGGUCUUGGUACUUGAUGGGAUUGUUCAAUGUACAGAAAGAGAUGAAUUCGCAUAUCAAGAAAUGAUUUCUCAUAUCCCCAUGUAUCUUCAUAAGAAUCCAAAGAAAGUACUUGUCAUUGGAGGAGGAGAUGGUGGUGUACUAAGAGAAGUUGUAAAACAUGAUUGCAUAAAAAGUGCAACGUUGGUGGAAAUUGAUAAAACUGUCAUUGAAUUAUCGAAAAAAUAUUUAUUGGAAAUGUCUACUGCAUUCGAUCAUCCAAAGGUUAAUGUGGAGUUAUGUGAUGGAUUCAAAUAUUUAAAACAAGUGAGGGAUUGGGAAUAUAAUGAUAAAUUUGAUGUGAUCAUUACAGAUAGUUCUGAUCCUGAAGGUCCGGCUGAAGCUUUCUUCCAAAGAGAAUAUUUCCAAUUAUUACAAGGUGCAUUAAAGGAUGAUGGUAUUUUAAUUGCUCAAGCUUCUGAAAAUGUUUGGUUAGAUUUGAAAUACUUGACCAAAUUAAUUAAGACAGCUAAAUCAGUAUUCCCAAAUACUAAUUAUUGUUAUACAAUGGUUCCAAGUUAUACUUCAGGACAAUUAGGCUUGAUAGUUUGUAGUAAGCAAUAUGAUUUGAAUUUAACAAUCCCAACUCGUUUACCAACAGAAAAUGAACAAGGGUUAUUAAGAUAUUAUAAUCCAGAAAUACAUUCAAGCUUCGUUUGUUCUUCCAACUUGGGCAAAUUCAAUGAUUAA